UCGAAAAAUUGAAGCAGCUGACUGUCCUGGGGUCCUUAAACGCAGCGCGGUCGAAUAGUUGUACAACUACCGACUGGCUUCUGCUGUACUCGUCAUACUCCCCCUUGUCCUCAUUCUCGUCAUACCGGACCGCAAGUCACCAUGUCGGACCGCCGCUCCGGGCUCGUGUACCUUAUCACGGGGGGCUGCGGCUUCCUGGGCCGGCACCUGCUUCGAGUUCUGCUGGACCAGGAGGGAGACUCCGUGGCGCAGGUUCGAGUGUUCGACAAGUACACGGAGCCGGGACUCAGCGACCUCGGAACCGGGCGGACAAAGGUGACGGUCAUCCAGGGCGACAUUACGGACUACGACAGCGUGCUGGAGGCAUCCCGCGGUGCCCACGUCGUCAUCCACGCCGCCAGCCUGGUGGACGUCUGGCACAAGGUUCCGGAGGCCCUCAUCUACGGCGUCAACGUCACAGGAACGGAGAACGUUAUCAGCGCGUGUGUGGACAACAACAUCUGCAGUCUGCUGUACACCAGCAGCAUGGAAGUGAUCGGGCCCAACAUGAACAGGGAGCCGUUCGUCAGGGGCAAUGAAAACACGUCCUACCAGGUGAAGCACACUAUGGCCUACCCCAAGAGCAAGGCCAAGGCCGAGAAGAUUGUCCUGGAAGCCAAUGGAACAAAGGUGCGGAAUGGUGAGCGUUUGCACACGUGCUCGCUGAGGCCGACCGGCAUCUACGGCGAGGGCCACGAGCUCAUCAAAGACUUCUACAAGCUGGCCGUCAAGAGGGGAGGCCUGAUUAUCGGCGGCGUCCCCGACAACACCGAACACGGCCGAGUCUAUGCCGGCAAUGUGGCGUGGAUGCACGUGCUGGCCGCCCGGGCCCUGCGUGAGCGUCCGGAGACUGUGGGCGGCGAGCCCUUCUUCUGCUACGACGACUCACCCUACAAGAGCUACGAGGACUUCAACAUGCUUUUCCUGUCCACCUUCAAGUUCCGGCGUGUGCGCAUGCCGUUGCUGCUGCUGUGGUUCCUGGCCGUGCUCAACGACGUCCUGCGCUGGAUCCUGACGCCCUUCUGUAACUUCGCACCCCUCCUGAACAGCUACACACUGGCCGUGGCCAUCACGUCCUUCACCGUGAGCACGGACAAAGCGCUGCGCCACUUCCAGUACCGCCCGCUGUACGACUGGGACCAGUGUCUGGAGCGCACCCAGAGAUGGGUGGACACCUUCCCCCUGGAGGACCCAAAAAACACCUAAUGGGGCUGUUGCAUCAAUCCCCCAUAUGCUGCUACGUACAUGCACAUGAUUUGUUAUUGCCCACAUAAUGACACAAAAUUCUAUAUUUUCAAAGAAUUCUAGCUUUAAUUCCGUUAUUAUUUAAAACAGUGGUGUGGAACCUGCCGAACUAUUUGAAAAACAAAUAAAACCUCAAACGAACUGAUACAUUUUUGUAAUAGAAUUUUAUAAAAAACUAUUUAUACCACAUCUCCACUGCAGAACUUUACACCAGAACUAAGAACUUUUUGUGUGUUCGGACCAUGGGAGCUAUUGUCUUUAGUUCCGGGAUACUUUACCGGGUCCAAAUAAAGACCCUUCUACUUAAGAGAGUUCCAGGAACGUUUUUGGGGUGGGGUUUUCAUCAUUGUCAACAAUCAAAAUUGAUCUCGUGUUGUAUUUUGAAAAUUACAAAUCGAUUAUUAUGAGAAUCAAACAUGACAAAUGUAAACACCACUUACAAGCAAUAAGUACAUGUGUUAUCACGUGAGAUUAUUUUUUAUUAAUGUUUUGUACUGUGUAUUUUAAGGAAUUAUAUUUUCCCCAAUGACAGUAUGAAAUGACAUUUUUUAAUUGUCUAAAAUAAAGAUGCUUUAAUAUAUUUUAA